AUGGGAUUGUUGAAUGCCGAUGAAGAAAUCCACGAUGUCAGCACAGAUCUGGUUUUUUAUGUUAAUGGCAAGAAGGUCGUUGAGCCAAAUCCAGAUCCCUCAUGGACCCUGCUGUGGUACCUUCGCAAGAAACUUCGUCUCACUGGUACCAAGUUAGGAUGCGCCGAAGGAGGAUGUGGGGCUUGUACGGUUAUGAUAUCCAAGUACCACAGAAAAGAGAAAAAAAUAAAUCACCUCGCAGUAAACGCAUGUUUGGCACCAGUAUGCGCAAUGCAUGGAUUAGCUGUUACUACAGUAGAAGGUAUCGGAUCGACUAAAACAAAGUUACAUCCAGUUCAAGAAAGAAUUGCCAAAGCUCAUGGCUCACAGUGCGGGUUUUGUACCCCUGGUAUUGUCAUGUCUAUGUACACAUUAUUAAGAAGUUGUAGACACAUCAAGUAUUCCGAUAUUGAAGUGGCAUUUCAAGGAAACUUGUGCCGCUGCACUGGAUACCGAGCUAUAAUAGAAGGAUAUAAAACCUUCAUUGAGGAUUGGGAAACACAGCGCAUUGCUAAUGGCACAACGAAUGGAAAUUCGAAUAAUGUGUGCGCAAUGGGAAAAGAUUGUUGUAAAAACAAGUCAAAAGAUGAAGAUGAUAGUGAAACCAAAUAUAUCUUCGACAAAUCGUCAUUUUUGCCCUACGAUCCAAGUCAAGAGCCCAUAUUUCCACCUGAACUUAAACUUUCGUCAAUGUAUGAUGAUCAAUAUUUGAUAUUUCGAGGAAAAAACACCACGUGGCAUCGACCUACUGAAUUAAGUACGCUGUUGACAUUGAAAAAUAAAUACCCCAAUGCAAAAAUUGUUGUCGGAAACACAGAAGUUGGAGUUGAAGUAAAAUUCAAACAUUGUAUUUACCCAGUUAUAAUAAUGCCAAAUAGUAUUCCAGAACUAAAUUCUAUCAUUGAAAAUGAUACUGGGUUAACUAUAGGCGCCGCAGUAACUCUUAUGGAAAUGGAAAAUACUUUUAGAAAAUAUAUUCAGUCGUUACCUCAUUAUAAAACCCGAACAUUGAGUACUAUAGUGGACAUGUUAAACUGGUUUGCCGGCAAGCAGAUACGAAAUGUUGCUGCCAUGGGCGGAAACAUAAUGACAGGCAGUCCGAUUUCCGAUUUAAAUCCAAUUUUAAUGUCUCUAAAAGUAAAACUGAAUCUUCUAAGUAAAGAUAAUGGUCAUCGAUCGAUAUUAAUGGACGAGACCUUCUUUACGGGAUAUAGAAAAAAUGUUGUAAAGCCGGAUGAAAUAUUAUUAUCAAUAGAAAUACCUUUUACAUCGAAAAAUCAUUACAUAAAAGCAUAUAAACAAGCAAAAAGACGAGAAGAUGAUAUAUCUAUUGUCACCGCUGCAAUAAAUGUUGAAUUUCAAGGAAAUUCAAAUAUAAUACAAAAUAUAACUUUGGCGUUCGGUGGUAUGGCACCUGUAACUAAAAUAGCAACAAAAACAGGUAAUGGUUUAAAAGGUGUAAAAUGGGAUAGAGCUAUGCUUGAACAAGCAUUUACACUAUUGGUCGACGAAUUACCAUUGGAUGCCUCUGCACCUGGUGGAAAUAUACAAUUUCGUCGUGCUUUAACUAUGAGUUUAUUCAUGAAAGCUUAUUUAGCUAUAUCACAAGAGAUGGCGGAAGAUUAUAAUGUGGAAAAUUCUAUUGAGCCGCAACACCGCAGCGGCGCCAAUCAAUUUCAUGGUAGCAUCCCUAAAAGUGCACAAUAUUUUGAAUUAGUCGGUGACAAGCAAAUUAAAAGCGACGCAGUUGGUCGGCCUAUGCAACACAUGUCGGCAUAUAAACAAGUAACUGGUGAAGCAAUAUAUUGCGAUGAUAUGCCCACAGCAGAAGGAGAACUUUACUUAGCCUUUGUUAUAAGCACGAAAGCGCAUGCAAAAUUAAUAUCGGUUGAUCCAACGAAUGCUUUAGCACAACCCGGUGUCGUAGCAUUUUUCUCGGCUAAAGAUUUAACAAGUGAGCAAAAUGAAAUUGGACCUAUAUUCCACGAUGAGGAACUGUUUGCCAGCGAGAAAGUAGUGAGUCAAGGUCAAACCGUAGGUGUUAUUGUGGCCGAAGAUCAGGAAACUGCCCAAGCUGCUGCUAGAAUGGUAAAGAUUGAAUAUGAGGAAAUACAUCCAAUCAUCGUAACUAUAGAAGAUGCCAUUAAACAUAAUUCAUUUUAUCCACAAUUCCCUAAAACCAUUAAAAGGGGUGACGUAAAAUCGGCGUUUGAAGACAAAAAUAACGUUAUCAUCGAAGGUCAAUGCCGAAUGGGUGGUCAAGAGCAUUUUUAUCUAGAGACACAUGCGGCAUUCGCGAUUCCAAAGAAAGAAGAUGAUGAAAUAGAAAUAUUUUGUUCGAGUCAACAUCCUUCAGAAAUUGCGAAACUCGUUAGUCACAUAUUACACGUACCCAUGAAUAGAAUUGUCGCACGUGUAAAACGUAUGGGCGGAGGUUUUGGAGGCAAAGAAUCUCGGGGUAUGUUGGUUGCUUUGCCUGUUGCGUUUGCAGCCCAUAAACUCAACCGACCAGUGCGUUGCAUGCUAGACCGCGAUGAAGACAUGCAAAUGACAGGUACAAGACAUCCUUUCCUGAUAAAAUAUAAAGUUGCGACCACAAAAGAAGGCAAAAUUGUUGGAGCCGAAGUCAAUAUUUAUAACAACGGUGGUUACUCCAUUGAUCUUUCGGGUCCUGUCGUUGAAAGAGCUAUGUUCCAUUUUGAAAAUGCUUAUUACAUUCCCAAUUCUCAAGUGACUGGACACGUCUGUAGAACUAAUUUGCCAUCCAAUACCGCGUUCAGAGGAUUUGGAGGCCCUCAAGGCAUGUUUGGAGCUGAGAAUAUGAUAAGAGAUAUAGCCUACAAGCUAGGGAAAAAUCCUAUUGAAAUAAGUCAAUUGAAUUUGUAUCAAGAAAACUCCAUUACUCAUUAUGGCCAAACAUUGACCCAUUGUACUUUGCAAAGAUGUUGGGAUGAAUGUAUCGAAAAAAGCAAUUUAGUUGAGAGAAAAGCAAACAUUGAGUUGUUUAAUAAGCAACACAGAUGGAGGAAACGCGGAAUAUCCAUAAUACCAACAAAAUUCGGUAUCGCAUUUACGGAAAAACUGUUGAAUCAAGCUGGUGCUUUGGUUCUUAUUUAUGUAGACGGCUCUGUUCUGUUAUCUCAUGGAGGCACGGAAAUGGGGCAAGGGUUACACACAAAGAUGAUACAAGUGGCGUCACGUGUUCUCGGAAUAGAUGUAUCUAAAAUUCACAUUAGCGAGACAUCUACAGACAAAGUGCCUAACACUUCAGCCACAGCAGCGAGCGCUGGCUCCGAUUUGAACGGUAUGGCCGUAUUAGAAGCCUGUCAGACCCUCGUCAAACGUCUUCAACCUUUCAAAGAAAAGAACCCUAAUGGAAAAUGGGAAGAUUGGGUAUCCGCGGCAUACGUCGCAAGAGUAAGCUUGUCGGCAACUGGAUUUCACGCAACGCCUGACAUCGGAUACGACUUCAAAAAUAAUAUAGGGAAACCGUUCAAUUACUUUACUUUCGGUGUAGCAUGUACUGAAGUGGAAAUCGAUUGUCUAAGUGGCGAUCAUCAAGUUAUCAGAACGGAUAUCGUCAUGGAUUUGGGAGAAAGUAUUAAUCCCGCCAUAGACAUUGGCCAAAUAGAAGGUGCGUUUAUACAAGGAUAUGGUCUAUUUACUAUAGAAGAAUUAAUUUACUCCCCCACGGGAACGUUGUAUUCGAGAGGACCCGGUGCUUAUAAAAUACCUGGUUUUGGAGAUAUUCCCCAGGAGUUCAAUGUAUCUUUGCUUAAGGGCGCUCCGAAUCCACGUGCUGUAUAUUCUUCUAAGGCUGUGGGUGAGCCGCCGCUGUUUUUGGCGUCGUCUGCUUUCUUCGCGAUCGUAGAAGCGAUCAGGGCAGCGCGGGCGGACGCCGGCGUGCCUCUAGAAUUCCGUUUAGACGCGCCCGCCACUGCGCCGCGUAUCCGCAUGGCUUGUGAAGACCAUAUCACAAAGAAGCUUGCUGAACCAGAUCCAAGCACCUAUGUCCCAUGGAAUGUCGUCCCAUGAUCUACAGUUUUUUUUAGGUUGUGAAACUGUUGUGACUUUUUAUACCUGCUAGAGAUAAAUUUACAACAAAUAAAGUUAUAUAUUUAUAUCUUCUUAUAAUCACAUAAGUUGCAAGAUACAAAAAAAUAACAUUAGUCAUUUAUGUUACAAAAAAAAUAAAAAUAUAUUUACAAUA